GCGCCCGUUUCUUUCUUUUACUUUACUUUUCUCUUCAACUCUCAUUCAUUUUUAUUUACUUCCAACCAUCUUUGUAAACCUGCACGUUUAGUAUUUGGUCCUGUUCAUGUUUCAUGCUUGCUUGUAUGUGGAGACGUCUAAUAACCCUGUUACAGCGUCACAUGUGUGUGUGUAAUACUUGGACAUGUACAAAGCAAUAAGAGGUGUAGAUGGAGGUGAUGGAGUACUGCUGUUUGAGGGCUGCGAUCAAAGCUUGUGUCUGAAAGAGACACACACCCCCCACGCACACAUGGGCCUGAAGUGCUUUCUCCUUUGUUGGUGUCAUGAGGUCCACUAAUGAAUAAUGGAUGCUGUGUGUUAUGUGAUCUGGGCCUCAGAGAUGACGACAGGCUGUGUGAGGCCGACCCUGGAGCCUGAACAUGGACCGAUGACACAGGAAGGCAAACGCUGUAAGCACAAUGAGGCGGGCCUGAUGGACAGGAAGUCUGAGAUGCAGGACGAUAAAGGGGACAAGGAGUGCAAAGAGAAGCAGGCGGACCAGAAGAAACCUCGCAGGAAAGACACGCCCAUCCUCCACUGUCCUCCACAUAUACCAGGAGUGACGCUGCUGAAAGCACAGAAGCAGAUGGUCCACGUAGAGGACGAGGAGAAAGACGUGAAGGAAUAAAACUUUUAUUUCCCUUUUAUUCUGUCAAUGAAUUGUCACGGUUUGAGUUCAUGUGCAGUUUUAUUUUGUAGUUUCUUGUCUCCCUGGGUAACGUCACUUCCUGCCUUGUCCUGGCUGUCCCCCGUGAUUGACUGUCGUGUCAUGAUUGUUUCCAGCUGUUUCCAAUCACCUGCACCUCCCAAGUGUAUCUAGGUCAUGUGUGUUUGUUGUCACUGGUCGCGUCAUUGUUAGUUGUUCGUUAGCUCAUGUCCAUGUCACAGUUGUUGUGGUUUCUCGACUACGUUUUACCUUCUUGGAAUUUUUGAGUUUUGGAAUUUUUGACUAUUAAAGUCUGGAAAACUCUGCGUCUGAGUCCUACCUUCCCCAACGUACCGUCCAGACAGAAUGACGCGACCAGAAGAGGAGGCCAUCUCGUGGUCGUCCGGCGGCGGAUCGCACUGGGAGCGGGUGAUGGACCUCGCGGUCCGGCUCUAGGCCACCUACGCUCUCCACGCUCGGCCUCAGCGCACGACGUCCAGCGCUGGGCCGCAGCAGCUUCCCAACACGGCCUCCCGACCCAAGCCCAUGACCCCCCCCAGCCGACGCCCCGAUCCAGGCCCACGACUCUGGUACGGACCCCCGAUUCAAUCCCACGACUCCUGUACCGGCUCCCAGAUUCAAUCCCACGACUCCCGUUCCGGCCCCUCCACUAAAGCCCCCUCCCACCUGUCCCGUGGUCCCCUCCCCCCCAUGGCAGGGGUUGGACCGGCGUCCCAGUGCCCAGCCUCCGUGUCCUGCAGCCGGCGACUCCGGAGGCUUUAUGUGCCGCGCAGUCGGCAACGACUCCGGCUUCCCUCGCCGCGCAGCCGGCAACGACGGCUUCCCGUUCCAGUGUCCUGCAGUCGGCGCCCGGGAGCCAGACUCCUGACCGUCCUCCGGGCCGACCCCCGGAGCCCCCCCCGGCAGUCUGACCGCCCGCCGGGCCGCCCGCCAGGGUUCUCUGGUGUCCCUCCCGCCCCUUGUCUGUUCCUUGCCAGGUUAGGGCCAUCUGGAAUUUGGCCCUUGAGGGGGGAGUUCUGUCACGGUUUGGGUUCAUGUCCGGUUUUAUUUUGUAGUUUCUUGCCUCUUGUCUCCCUAGGUCACGUCACUUCCUGCCUCGUCCUGUCGCCAGUGAUUGUCUGUCGCGUCAUGAUUGUUUCCAGCAAUUUCCAAUCACCUACCCCUCCGUGGUAUUAACGCCAUGUGUGUCACGUCAUUGUUAAUUGUGCGGAAGCCCAUGUCCACGUCAUAGUUCCUGUCUCCUGUUCCUCAACUACGUUUUGCCUUUCUGGAAAUUUGAGUUUGGAUUUUUUGACUAUUAAAGUCCCUUUUUGUUUCUGGAAAA